AUGUCCAAGUCCAUUGGUGAGCGACUAGAAACAGGUAUCCGUGGUGAUGGCAUCAGCAACAGCAAGGAGAACUUGGUGAAUGUGGUUAAAGUACAACCGGUGCAGAAGUUGUCUUCACAAGAGGAAGUGAUAGGCAAGCCGGUUAUUUUGCUGUCUCCCAUUCUUGACAAACAGGAGAGUACAGCAUAUAAUCUACUCAAGAAAGUCGGUCUUGACGAAGUAGAGAUGGAUAUUUUCAACAGCGAAAAGUUCAAGCAGUGGUCUGAGGAUGUUGCGUAUCAUUUCCCAUUUGAUAAAGACGAGGGCGCUGGUAUUAUGUUGAAGACAUUGGCGAAACUUGACAUGGUUAAAUUGCUCACCUCCAUUUCGACUGCUAAGGUUGAAAACGGCGAAGUACCAUUUGGUAAUCACUUCAAAGAUGCGCUGAUUGACUACAUCGCCGUAGCCAAGGAUACCGAUGAUUUUGCUGAUAAUCUCGAAAAAGCGCUUCUCGAUCUCGCUACCAAUUUGAUGAGUGGAAAUAACCGGAUAAUUGGUCAAAUUUUGGAAGGUGAAGUUCUUAUUUCUCGCAUCAUCAAGAACAAGAAAAAUCUCGUUGACGUGUUUCAAGAAAACAAUGUGCGGACUUGGUACUCCUCCGUCUUCGUGAAUGGUCAGGAGCGUGCGUCCGUCGUGUUAAACCUCAGGUUAAGUCAGCAAGGAAUCACAGACAAACAAAUUGGUGAAGCGAUUAGCAAAGACCUUGACAAAUUCACUAUGGAUGCGAUGGGUGGUGUGGUACUUCGCAGACUAUCGUUACUGUUGGAUAAUCACAAGAUGGAUAGUGUGACCUCUAUCAACACUUUUCUCGAAACUUGGUUUCAACAGGCCUUGGUAUUAAAUGCUGACGCCGAUCUUGUGUUGCCCAAAUUGCGGGAUGCUUUCAGUGACAACGAAAUUCUAUCGUUUUGUACUUCGCCAGAACUUUAUGGUGAUGACUUAAAAGCGUUUGUGCAAAAAAUGCUGAAUGUUUUUAUCCAUGAAUACGAUAACUUAAGUGACGUUGAUGUGCUGAAUGGUUUCGAUUUGACAAGUUUUACUUUGGAAGAUCCAGAGGUGAGAUUUUGGAUGUUGAUUAUGAAAGAUCGUCACAAAGAAGCAGCGGAUAGCGAGAUGGCCGGUAUAAUAUUUCCUCUUUUCUCGAAUGAUAUCUCGACAUUAAUCGCUGCUGGACAAAGUAACGGUAACUCUGACAUUAAAUCUCUUUCGAAAAGUCUGAAAUUGAUGUUAGAGAAAAGUCAGAUUUCUUCCUAG